AUGCCCGGCCGCCUCGAAGGACAUAUCGCGCUCAUCUCCGGGUCAAGCCAAGGGUUCGGACGGGGUAUCUUCGAGACAUUCCUUCGCGAGGGAGCCCUGGUGCUAGGCCUGGACCUGCAAGCCAUCGACGGUCAAGUAGAGGGCUUUCCUGAGAACCGCGCCUACCAGAUCACAGCCAAUGUCGCCGAGGAGGAGACUUGGAAGAGAGCGCUGGAAACCAGUAUCGCAAGAUUCGGGAAAGCGCCGUCGAUCGUCGUCCACAAUGCUGGCUGGUCGUACCCGAACAAAUCUGGUCUAGAUGUGACAGUUGAAGAAUUUGACCGUCUGUUUAAUGUCAACGUGCGCAGUAUCUACCUGGCCUCGAAAGUCCUCGUGCCGGAAAUGAAGAAGAAUGGUCCCGGGUCGACGAUUGUAAUCUCGAGCGAGAACGCCAUCCGGCCAGGAGCCACGCAGACCUGGUACAACGCAACUAAGGCCGGUGUCUCGUCAGCCACCAAGUCGAUGGCCUUGGAGUUCGCCCGAGACCAGCUGCGCUUCAACACCAUCUGCCCUACGUCCGGGAACACGCCGCUGUUGAACAAGUUUGCCGGUAUUAGCGAUGGGCCUGUACCACCGGAGAUUAUCAAGGCCAAGUGCGAGGCAAUCCCUAUAGGACGACUUGUUGAGCCGUCAGAUGUCGCCAACGUGGCACUUUUCCUUGCGGAGCCCGCGAGCUCAAUCAUCAGCGGUGUUGAGAUUCUGGUAGACGGUGCACGAUGCGUGUAG